AUGGCUUUGAGAAACAUUGCUACUCUUGUUUUCUUUGUGAUGAUGGUGUUCAGUGGUGCUUAUUCUAGUUCUGUUUAUAGAGUUGGAGAUUUUGAUGGGUGGAUUUCGAGAGGCCUUGUUGAUUACAACAAGUGGACUUCAACGAAAGAUUUUCAUGUCGGCGACACUCUCAUUUUUGCUUACAACAAUCAAUUCCACAACGUGAUGCAAGUUUCUGAUCAAGACUUUCAAUCUUGCAAUGCUACAUCUGCCAUCUCAUCUUAUACCUCUGUUUCUGACACAAUUACCCUUAAAAGGCCCUGCCAUUAUUACUUUAUUUGUGGUGCUCCUGGCCAUUGCCGAGUCGGACAAAAGGUUGACAUCAAGGUCUCUCUGCCUGUUCCAGAAAAUUCGAUCCCAAGUUCAAGCCCGUCGUCACCUUAUGGAUCCUCAUCACCUUCAGCCUCCAAUCCUGAAGAGAUGUCACCAAGCUCAACUCUUAGCAGUGCUCCAUCUCUUAUUUCUUCGAAGCUUGGAUUUGCUGUUAUUGCUUUUGUGUUAGGUCUUUUGGGUUUUGUCCACUGA